GCGCACACCACACGGACUGCGCACUCCCCGCGGUAGAGAAUAAAAAAGCACCACUCACACCCCAUUUCAUUUACCCUUUUGCCCUUCAAGGAUCAAAGAACCGACUUGGCUCAAAAAGUAAAGAAAAAAGGAGGGCAAAAAGCGGAUUAUGGUGCGUGGCACAAUUCCCCAUGUGGGCUUCACUAUAAUUCAAUCGCACAUCCUCCUCAGCUCCGUUAUAACGAUCGGCCGUUCUCUCUGCCGCCAAACGAAACGGAGCCUCUCCUAGCGACGUUAUGCUGCACAGCGUUUAAAUGUCUGAUUCCACUCUGUCUGGCCUUUUCCAUUUUUAUUCUCUCUCAUAAGGUACAGUGACCGCGACGACGACGAAGAAGAAGAAGAAGAAGAAGCGCUCUCUUAUCUUGUGUUCUGUUUGACUUCGCUAAUUCAUAUUAUUUUUUUCAGCGGAAGAUGUAAUAGUGUGACUCUUCACUUGGAGACAUGGUUUGAGUUUGAGGAUUCUCUGCUAAGUGCUUCUUCUUGAGUUUUGUUUGUGGUGUCAAGUGGUCUCUGUUCUAUUUGACUGACUAUGGGGUCAGCUUGCUGUAUUGCUGCAAGAGAAAAGGACCUGCCCAACAGAACUGGAGGUAACACUUUGCAUAGGAAUGUCAGAUGCUCUCCAACAUGGAGCUUCCAUUGGGAAAAUCGAAGGCGUGUGGCUGGUGAAAUUGAUGAUUCACCAUAUCAAACUUCUCAUAGAUUCAGCAGAGAUGUUAGUGCGGAGGUGAAGGGGCUGCUAGGCUCUGAUAGAGGUAAUCUUUCUGAUGAGGUUAGUCUGCAUGAGAGUUUUGGAUCACCCGUCUCUCUAAAGUCUCCUGUACAGGAAGGAACUGUAACAAAUCUUAUAGCUCAACCUUCAGGCCUAUCCAUGGAACACAAUUACCCUGUCAAUGGAAAGAACUCUUCAGAGUCUCCUGAUAUUGCAGAGAUACCUGCCCCAAAGCUUUCAUUUUCUGUACAUUCAUCAUUUUCAACACCGGGAGCUAAUCCUUUGCCUCCCUGUGGUCAUCCACUUCCCCCAAACUCAACCCCUUCAAGAAGGACUCGGCGUUCACCUGGGCAUCGGCUAUUAAGGCAGAUUUCUGAUAGUCAAAUUAUGGGAUUGAAGUCGCCAAACAAUUACUCUUUAUCUGAAGGAAGGUCAUCAUUUGUGCUCUCCACUUGCAGCCAUGACUUAGCAGUGGGAUCCCAUGGUGGUUCUUCUGAUGGUUGGUCCAUGCGAACCUUUUCUGAGCUUGUGGCUUCUUCACAAAGGGAGAGGUGGUCUUUUGACAGUGAGCACCUGGGCUAUGGUUGGAACAAAGUAAGUGGAUGCAGUAGCAGGUUUUCAUGUUCGCCUUCAUUAGAUCUUCAAACUUGUGGGGCUUGUUCAAAGUUCUUGACAGAGAGAUCUUCUUGGAGCAGCCAGAGAAUUCUUGCCAGCAAUGAGCUCUCAGUAGUUGCUGUGCUGGUAUGUGGUCAUGUGUACCAUGCCGAGUGCUUGGAGACCAUGACACUGGAGGUUGACAGGUAUGACCCAGCUUGCCCAAUAUGCAUGGGAGGAGAGAAGCAAGUCUCAAAGAUGUCCAAAAGGGGUUUCAGAGCUGAAGCAGAAUUGAAGGCCAGAAGCCAUAAGAUUUCAAGAAACCGUAUUAUAGAUAGUUAUCUUGACAGUGAUUCUGAUGAUUUUGACUACCAAAAAAAUGUCAUCUGGGGAGGAGCUUCAAAGAUGGAGCCUAGUUCCAGUGCAGCAAGCUCCUCCACAAAGCCGUUCUUGAGACGGCAUUUUUCAUUUGGGUCCAAAUGGACUAGGUCCCUGUCAGAGAAGGAUUCUGGCAGGAAAAAAGGAUUUUGGGCAAGAUAUCGCAAAUAUUGAGCUCUUUGACUAUAACAAGCAGAUAUGUUGGAGAUAUAAUUAUCAAUGUGAAGCUGUAUGUAAGGGUUGCGAGCAAUCCCACCCAGGCCGGCAGCCAAAAUGCUUGGCUGUCUCCAGUGAUUCCUCCUUCACCUCACUCAUUUGUCGUUAUUUGGUUGCCGAAAAUAGGAAAAAAAGCAGCUGAUCCGACCGCAAUCUUAGUAAUAGGAUAGUCCACCGUGAACCCUCUGGCCAGUGGAGCCCUUGUUCUCGGUCUUCAUGGGAUGGACUUUUAUUAAUUUUGACAAUGUAUGCCACUUGUAUGUGCCGUCAGUCAAUUCAAUCUGCGAAAAUAUUUGUGACCUGGUGUGUCUCCCAAGAAUAUUGGUUAAUUUGCAGUAGAUGAUGUAGUUAUAAUUACCCUCACAGGGCAAUCGUGGGUAUUGAGUGGGGUGCAAUUUUGAAUUCCAUUCUAAUUAACAAAAAUGAAAUCGUCUCUUCUCCCCCAA